AUGUCGAAAAAAGAUAGCAGCGAAGAGCUCGAGGUAGCGGGGAGGCUCCACAGCGAGCAGUCGCGCAGCACCGAGUAUGCAAGCCCCAACGCCGGCCUGGUGCUGCUGGUGAUAUCGUAUUUUUUCAACUCCAGCAUGGUGGUCUCUACCAAAGUGCUGGAGACAGACCACGAGCACGCGCCAGGCCGGGAGCCCAUCAAGCCGCUCCAGAUACUGUUGGUGAGAAUGUCAAUCACGUACGUUGCGACGCUGCUGUACAUGUUCAAGAACCGCAGCACCAUAGCCAACGUACCCUUCGGACCCCCCGAGAUGCGAAAGUGGCUCGUCUUGCGAGGCGUGAUGGGCUUCUUCGGCGUCUUCGGCCUGUACUUCUCGCUGAUGUACCUGAGUCUCAGCGAUGCGAUCUUAAUCACCUUCCUGACCCCAACAGUGACCGUGCUGCUGGCGUGGAUCGCGCUGCGAGAGCGACUCACCACCGUCGAAGUCAUCGGCUCGCUGGUCUCGUUCUGCGGCGUGGUGCUGAUCGUGCGUCCCUCGUUCAUCUUUGGCGUGGCAACGGCGCCCGACGGCUCGGCAGAGUCCGAGAACACAACAGACCGACUGAUCGCUACCGUGCUGUCACUUGUCGGCGUAUUCGGUGCCAGCUCGGUGUACAUCAUAAUCCGCCACAUGGGCAGCAAGGCUCACGCCAUCCUCAGCGUGAGCUACUUCUCGCUCGUGGUGACCGUGAUCUCGCUGCUCGGCGUGCUGCUGGUCCCCUCGAUGACGAUGCAGACACCAACAAACCUCAAGCAAUGGCUGCUGUUCGCAAACCUCGGCGUAUGCGGCUUCGUCUUCCAGUACCUGUUGACGCUGGGGAUUCAGAAGGAGCGGGCAGGACGUGGAACCCUGAUGGCGUACACGCAGCUUAUCUACGCGGUAUUUUGGGACGUUGCGCUCUGGCACAACUGGCCCAAGCUGUGGUCCUGGCUUGGCAUGCUGAUCAUCGUCGGCACUGCGCUUGUGGUGAUCCGGUGCAAGCCCGAGGGGGAGCUCGCCCGCAUCUCUGACGAAGAGCGCGAGUCGUUCCAGCUGGAGGAGAUGUAG